AUGACCGAUAAUCAUGGUGAAAAAACUUCCAUAGAGGAAAAGAACAUUAAUGAAGAAAAUUACCAGAAUGAGGAUGGCUAUGUCGAUAACUCGUUGGCAUUAGUUCCACUUGAUUUGCCGAAGACAGCAGAUCAGAUCCUUGAUCCAGCUAUUCUUGACUCAACGGUUAAAGAAGUUCUCGAUGCUUUAAGGCAUGCUAAGGAAAAGCUUCAGAGGUCAAUGGACAGCAGACAUAUGUUUACAAUUGCCUCUAGAUAA